AUUCCCAUGUCGAAGUAAUUCCUCCCCAAUCACAAGGCUGUUUCCGUCAAUUUGACAUCCCCUAAUUACGCGGCGAAACUUUACUUUCACCCGGAUCAACCUUGCCAAAUCAGAAAUGCGGUUAAACAAGAUGAUCUCACCCAGUCAAUUUCCAAUUUUACCCCUCCAAUGACCUUUUCCGACCAUCAUCGUACUUCUCACAAAUUUGUCUCUUUCUCUCAUUCUGGCCUAUCAAUCAACAUCUUCAAAAAUCGGUGGAUAACAACACAAUCACAUCGAAGCUAGCUUUACUUCAACUACUAGACUAUAACCAAAACCCUAACUCGUUCCUUCGACGAGUUUCAGCGAGUUCGCUCAAAGCGAUCAUGAGUCGAAUCAGAAGAAUCGAGCUCAUCAAGCCAUACACCUACACCUACUACCCCUCCUCCUCCUCCAUCCUCCUCAGAGAAACCUCCGUUUUCGCUCCCAAAACCCUAGCUUUUCCUUCCUUCUUCGACGAAUUGGAAGACUGCGAGCUUGGUUUCGGUCUAGGUCUCGAUCUUGUGAGCCCAAGCCUUAGCCCCUUCGAGCUCUUCGACAAUGUCACCGAUCUGAUCCGCGUUGAGAAAACGCCGUCGUUCUCGUCGUACCGGCGAAUUCAGCGGGUCGAGAGGCUAGGAGCCGAGGUUUUCCUCGAGAGGCUGAGCGACCGAGUCAGCGAGUUGGAAUCGCGCUUCGAUCGGCUUGCGAGGAUCGGCGCCGCCGGCGCCGAAGAUCGGAAGUACACGUGGACUGCGGAGAUAAAGGCCCCGGCGGCGAAGUACGUCACCGAUCGGAAGUACAAGUUGACGGCGGAGAUCAGAGACGGAAAGAAGGAGAAGAAGGAGCAGGGGAGUGGGAAGACUUACAGAUGGACGGCUGAGAUCGAGGGAAAAGGAUCGGACGGUCCGAUCUCAAGGACGUACACGUUUAAAGCAUCGACUGGCGGUGGAAACGAGUGUAGCGAAUCCAAGACGAAGGAGAAGAAGAAGAAGAGUGAUAAGAGCGAGAACGGCAGGCGUGUGGUGGUGAUUGAAGAGCCUGAUGAAGCAGAUCAUGGGGCUGUAGUUCUGAGGCAGGUAAUAGCUUCUAAAAUUACAUUUUUAGCCCUGUUUUAUGUAGCAUAAUCUUCUUUCAUGAUUUAAAAAUGGAUU